UGGGGGGUCCGGGCGGCGGGGGGCAGUGCCAUGCACAAGCACCAGCACUGCUGUAAGUGCCCCGAGUGCUAUGAGGUGACCCGCCUGGCCGCCCUGCGACGCCUCGAGCCUCCUGGCUAUGGGGACUGGCAGGUGCCCGAUCCCUAUGGGCCAGGUGGGGGCAAUGGAGCCAGCGCGGGUUAUGGGGGCUAUAGCUCCCAGACCCUGCCUUCGCAGGCAGGGGCUACCCCCACUCCCCGCACCAAGGCCAAGCUUAUCCCCACUGGCCGGGAUGUGGGGCCAGUGCCCCCUAAGCCAGUCCCAGGCAAGAACACCCCCAAACUCAAUGGGAGCGGCCACAGCUGGUGGCCAGAGUGCACCUGUACCAACCGGGACUGGUAUGAGCAGGUGAAUGGCAGUGAUGGCAUAUUCAAGUAUGAGGAGAUAGUCCUUGAGCGGGGCAAUUCCGGCCUGGGCUUCAGCAUUGCAGGUGGCAUCGACAACCCCCAUGUCCCUGAUGACCCUGGCAUCUUUAUUACCAAGAUCAUCCCUGGUGGAGCAGCUGCCAUGGAUGGGAGGCUGGGGGUGAAUGACUGUGUGCUGCGGGUGAAUGAGGUGGACGUGUCGGAGGUGGUGCAUAGCCGGGCCGUGGAGGCACUGAAGGAGGCGGGCCCUGUGGUGCGGUUGGUGGUGCGGAGGCGACAGCCCCCACCUGAGACCAUCAUGGAGGUCAACCUGCUCAAAGGGCCCAAAGGUCUGGGUUUCAGCAUUGCUGGGGGGAUUGGCAACCAGCACAUCCCAGGAGACAACAGCAUCUACAUCACCAAGAUCAUUGAGGGGGGUGCUGCUCAGAAGGAUGGACGCUUACAGAUCGGGGACCGGCUGCUGGCGGUGAACAAUACCAACCUGCAGGAUGUGAGGCACGAGGAAGCUGUGGCCUCACUGAAGAACACAUCAGAUAUGGUCUAUCUGAAGGUGGCCAAGCCAGGCAGCCUCCACCUCAACGACAUGUAUGCACCCCCUGACUACGCCAGCACUUUUACUGCCUUGGCUGACAACCACAUAAGCCAUAAUUCCAGCCUGGGUUAUCUCGGGGCUGUGGAGAGCAAGGUCAGCUACCCUGCUCCUCCUCAGGUUCCCCCUGCCCGCUACUCUCCCAUCCCCAGGCACAUGCUGGCUGAGGAGGACUUCACCAGAGAGCCCCGCAAGAUCAUCCUGCACAAGGGCUCCACAGGCCUGGGCUUCAAUAUCGUAGGAGGAGAGGAUGGAGAAGGCAUUUUUGUCUCCUUCAUCCUGGCAGGAGGCCCAGCUGACCUGAGUGGGGAGCUGCGCAGGGGAGACCGGAUCUUAUCGGUGAAUGGCGUGAAUCUGAGGAAUGCCACUCAUGAGCAGGCUGCAGCUGCUCUGAAACGGGCUGGCCAGUCAGUCACCAUUGUGGCCCAGUACAGACCUGAAGAGUACAGUCGCUUUGAGUCGAAGAUACAUGACUUGCGAGAACAAAUGAUGAACAGCAGCAUGAGCUCUGGGUCUGGGUCCCUCCGGACAAGUGAGAAGAGGUCUUUGUAUGUCAGGGCCCUGUUUGAUUAUGACCGGACUCGGGAUAGCUGCCUGCCAAGCCAGGGGCUCAGCUUCUCCUAUGGUGACAUCCUUCAUGUUAUUAAUGCCUCUGAUGAUGAGUGGUGGCAGGCAAGACUGGUGACCCCACAUGGGGAAAGUGAGCAGAUUGGUGUGAUCCCCAGUAAAAAGAGGGUGGAAAAGAAAGAGCGAGCUCGAUUGAAAACCGUGAAGUUCCAUGCCAGGACGGGGAUGAUUGAGUCAAACAGGUCGAUCAAAACGAAACGUAAAAAGAGUUUCCGCCUCUCUCGAAAGUUUCCAUUUUACAAGAGCAAAGAAAACAUGGCCCAGGAGAGCAGCAUACAGGAACAGGGAGUGACAUCCAACACCAGUGACAGCGAAAGCAGUUCCAAAGGACAAGAGGAUGCUAUUUUGUCAUAUGAGCCAGUGACACGGCAAGAAAUUCACUAUGCAAGGCCUGUGAUCAUCUUGGGCCCAAUGAAGGACAGAGUCAAUGAUGACCUGAUUUCAGAGUUCCCACAUAAAUUUGGAUCCUGUGUGCCACAUACUACUCGGCCUCGGCGUGAUAAUGAGGUGGAUGGACAAGACUACCACUUUGUGGCAUCCCGAGACCAGAUGGAGAAGGACAUUCAGGACAAUAAGUUCAUCGAGGCAGGCCAGUUCAACGAUAAUCUCUAUGGGACCAGCAUCCAGUCAGUGCGGGCAGUGGCUGAGAGGGGCAAGCACUGCAUCUUGGAUGUUUCUGGCAAUGCCAUCAAGAGGCUGCAGCAAGCUCAGCUUUACCCCAUUGCCGUUUUCAUCAAGCCCAAGUCCAUCGAAGCGCUUAUGGAGAUGAACCGACGGCAGACGUACGAGCAGGCGAAUAAGAUCUAUGACAAAGCCAUGAAACUGGAGCAGGAGUUUGGGGAGUACUUCACAGCCAUUGUACAGGGUGACUCACUGGAGGAGAUUUAUAACAAAAUCAAACAAAUCAUUGAGGACCAGUCGGGGCACUACAUUUGGGUCCCAUCCCCUGAAAAACUCUGAAGAACACCCCCCAACCAUUCUCUUGUGAACAGAAGAAAUCAAGUCCCUCUUCCCUCCUCCUUCAUUCCUGUCCCCACUGGGAGAACAAACGACUACUGUUCUUGUCCCCUUUUUUAGCUAUGUCAAAAAAAUUGAGUUUUCUAGUCCUGUUCUUUUUAAAUUUUGGUUUUGUUUUAGUUUAUUUUUGGGGAUGAUGCCAUCUCACUCAUCGUGUGGCUGUGCCCAUUCCCGCAUGGACCUUCCCCCAGCACUAGCACUGGUGCAGACCUGCCGGAGUCAUUGUUUCAUCCAAACCAAGCGGAGCAAAGAGAAGAGAGGAGGACUGAUGGGAAGACAGACUCGGGGCAGCUGCACGGCUUGUGAAGUGAGCUCCACGUGCCGUGGGACAAGGUGCUCCUGGGCAUGUCUACCGCUCUGUACUGCCGUCACGCAGCUCCGAACAGCGCUAUAUAAUGGCGACAGAAAAUAUUUAUAUAUAGAUAUAUAUAUGUAAUUUAUAUAAAAUAUAUAGAAAUUAUUAUAUAUAUAUAUUAUACACUCUCAUAUAAUAUAUAUAUAUUCACACACA